AUGUCGCAAUACCGACGAAUUGUUAUUGAUGAUGAUUCAUCGAGUGAUAAUGAUGAUAAUGAUGAGGAUGAUGAUAUCGAUAGAGAUGUUGAUGAAACAGAAGAUAAUAUCAAUGAAAGUGAUGAAAAUAGCAAUAUCGAUAUCCAAAAUGUAAGCUAUCUGUUGGAAACGUUGAAUUUCACGAAACGAAACACUUACGGAUAUCGAGUUGAUUGUACGGAUGAUGAAGCAACAAGCAUUGAUGAGGAUACUUAUCUGGAAGAUAGUUUCGUCAUUAAGGAUUAUACUUCUGAAGAGAAUUUUUCAAAUACAUCAAGCGAUGAACAAUAUUUCAAAAAGAAAAGGAGCACCUGUGGUCAACAACAGCAAGAAAUAGUACCAAAAGAAAUAGAUAAGAGAACCGCGGAAAUUUCAUCAUUUUUUCGAAAUGAUCUUUCGGAUGUGAGCAUUGAUAAUAAAAAAGUAUCAACAUUAUUUGAAUUAUAUCCGGAAUUGAAGGAGAACGUGGAUUUUAAGGAGACUUCGUUGAACAAUGAUAAUAUCAAAAUAUGCAGUGAAUCUAGCGAAUUUGAUGAGGAUAGUAAUGAUGAAUUUGAAAAAUACUUGGAAGAAGUCAAAACUCAGUUAUCCGUUACGAAAACUUACGAUUCACACGAUUUGAAUGAGUUUAUCAUGUCUGAUAGCGAAUCCAUUAUUGAAAGCAGCUCAGAAUGUGAAUCUAACUCAAGUGACAAAUCCGAUGAUGUGCAACUGAUUGGUGAAGUAUUGAAAAAUAUUGGAGAUGAAAAGAUUCGGCAUCAUAGCACUGCAAAAAAUAUUAGUAGUGAACAUGCAACGCAUUGGCAUCAUCCAGCGAUAGAAAAAAAAAUGGAAGAAGAACAUGCUAACUUGCAUUUAGAAUCACAAAGUGCGAUAAACAUUCAAAGAGAGAGCCAAGAUGAUGACGAAAUUUUCCUUUUGGCUCUUUCACAAAAUGGACCAGUACAUCGGGAUGCUCAAAAGUAUACUGCAGUUAAAUUUCCACGAAUUAGAGAAAAGUUGACGGCAAAGUUGUUCGAUUUGUACAGAAGACGUUGUUUCGAAAAUAAGAAAUUCCAGUUAGAUCCAAAUAUGGUGCUGGAAUGGAAUGCACGUUUAAGACUGACGGCUGGUCGUUGUCGUUGCAAACCGAACGGCACAGCAGACAUCGAGCUUUCCAUUAAAGUUUGUGAUACUCCUGAACGACUACGUGAUACACUGCUCCAUGAAAUGUGCCAUGCCGCAGUUUGGGUUAUCGAUCGUAUCCAUAAGGGUGGACACGGAUCAGCAUGGAAAUACUGGGUAUAUCAAUGUAAAAAAGUUUUCCCAUCUUUACCACUUAUUGAACGAUGUCACAAUUACACAGUUGAUGCCAAAUAUUAUUACAUUUGUGAUCAAUGUGGACAAACAAUUAAACGCCAUUCGAAAUCACUUGAUACUGAUCGUAAAAUUUGUGGCAUUUGUCAGGGACAUUUUAUCCUGAGAUCACGCGAUGGGAAGGAAUUUUCGACAAGGUCAGCCAACACAUUUGCACAGUUUGUGAAAGAAAACUUCAAAAGAGAACGAAAACCUGGUGUGAAGCCUGCAGAAAUCAUGAAAAUCUUAUCGCUACGCUUCAGAGAGGAGAAAGGAAUGGCUUCCGAAAGAGGAGGAAUUAUUACUAUUGAAUAA